GGAUUUUUGGACAUAGUUUGUUUGGCUGGGGCUAUUCUGCCCACUGGAAGUGCUACAUUUUAACUUCUACCUUAUUGUCUAGCCUGGGAUGGGGCUGAUGUGCUGAAGGGAGACUGGGCGGGAAAUGCAGAAGGAAGAAAGUGACUGUGGUGCCCAACAGGAUUCAGGAUGGCUGCCCCGUGGAAAACGCAGCAAGCACCUGGAGGAAAUGAAUGCGGAGAUGAGUGUGACGCCAGGGGAAGUGUGUAUUUUAAGCGUUCUCCACCCUGAUGAGAAAGGGUUAAAUAAUGUCUGACUCAGACACACGUGACCAGCAACUUCAGGACCACUGAAAUGAUGAUGGAAAAGGUCUGGUGUGAGGAAUGCUUUCUACACUUCUGAUUAUUCCCGAUGCUCACAAAUUUGGCAGCAUGGAACCUUGCUGGUAUUGGCUGGAUGAUUCCAUACAAUGGAUUGAAUAUGGGAAACAGUGCCUGAACUACUCUGCAGCCACUGUAACAUCGGCCCAGGUGGAGAAGGCAUUUCAGGCAGAUCAGGAAGGCACUCUGAGAUUUUGAGUUCAUUCAGAGAAAUAUGAGAUAAACUUCAAAGACAUGGUCCAGACAAACCUGUGCACGCAGAUGACAAGACAAAUCUGCCGGUGGCCAAAUGAUGCCUCCGGUCGAGACAGGAACCAGCAGAAGGAAAGUACGGAAGAACGCUGGUAUUGGUUGGAUGAAUAUAAUCAGUGGAAUGAAUAUGGAGAAGAGUCUCCAAACCACUGUGCUGCCACCGUAACCUCUGCUCAGGUGGAGAAGGCAUUUCAGGCUGACCAGAAAGGCACUCUCCGGUUUCAAGCAGGUUAUCAGCAGUAUGAGAUAAACUUCAAAGGCGAAGUAUCUGUUGGCUUGAUGUCUAAUGCAGUUGUGAUGUGACUGGCACUGUAGUGCAGCUUCUCCUUGGAGAAGGCUUGCGGGCACAGACAUGCUCCAGAGAAAUCUGCUCACACAGGUGACAAGACAAAUCUGCCGGUGGCCAAACGAUGCCUCUGGUGGAGACAAGAUCCAGCAGAAGGAAAAGUACCAAGUGCUGCAUUCACUGUCUGGCAGCCUUUUGCCACCAUAUCCCUAGAUGGCGGUGCCCAGUCAGUUUUUGGUAGGAGGGAGCCUAUGGCAGUGGCUGCAGGCUAGGCAGAGUGAAGCUCCUUUUGGGGAGGGAGGUGGGGCUCGUGCCCCUCAAGCCACGUGGCGUGGUGCUGGCGGGGAAGGAGCUCCCGGUGCUGCGUGGUGGGUCUGGGUGAGUAGGUGAAGGCAGCGAACGCUUGCCAGAGCCACUGCUGGUGGUGGGUCCAGAUGAGCAGGUGAAGGCAGGGAAUGCUCGCCAGAGCCACUGCUGUCACCAAGCCAUCCUCGCAGCACCGAUAUCGGGCCUCCUGCUGCUCUGACAGGUCGGAGAGAGGAAGAGGCAGGUUUGGUCUGGCUGCCAAUCCCCCAACAGGCCUAUUUUCUUCAGAUAAGGUAGGUAUGGUUGUGUUGUCUGUGCUGCUGUGGAAGAGGAAUAGUCAGGAGCAGGCAGAGGGGGGCAUUUCAGUGGAGGUCUGGGGCACCUUUUGCACCUGGGGCACUUUACCACUUGGGUGUCUGUGGAGGGGCUGCAUUUAGGGCUUUGCCUGCAUGUUUGGGACUCUACUGGGCAAAGCGAUGUGGCUGUGCUCCCAUGGUUUGGUGACUGCCUGAGAAGAUGGGCUGUGCUGAAUUUGCACAGUGGCUAAACCCUGCAUGCAAUGCCAGGUAGCCUGUGCUGGUGAGGCAGCCAACAGGGAGGGAAGCAGGUCUGCACUGGCCCAUUGGCCCCUCGGGAUAUUUGUUAGCAUAAAGAGCCAGGCUGGUGCCAGGACCUCCUCUCAGGAAAGGAGUGACAGGGUGGGGGUGUGCUGCUAUGGCAAACAAUAGGGGUAGGAACACCAGUAAGGUUGCAGGUUUGGGGUCCGAAAGAGACAUGUGGUUGGAGGAUGGAAGAGCUGAAGGUGGUUGUGAUGAGAUGUGGAACUAGUGGAGAGCUGAAGGAGGGAGGUACUGCACAAGACAAGCCUUAACCAUGAGUAGCCCAUAGGAUCUGUUUGGGCCUGUUCUUCAUGGGUGCCUUUAAUGCAACCAGGUCAGAUCUUCCUCCCCCAAGAAGUCACAGGGUAAUUGCAGCUGCUGGGUACUAAGUGCAGGUUGCUACCCCCAGCACAAAGAGCUAGAGGAGGAUGAAAGAGGCAGAGAGCAUGAGUUUGAGUGCCACGGAGCACUCUGAAGGGCUGCAAAGUUAUUGGUCACAUUAAUUGACAUACUCAUUGCAGAGUUACUGAGUCUUUCUGGGACUGCCAGAAACUGAUCUGCUUUUUGUUGUUGUUGUACACGGUUAUGUUUCUCAUCUUUCUGCACAAUCUGUCAAUCACUGAUGCCUGCUCCAUGGCCCGAAUGGGAAGCUGCUGCUGGUAUUGGCUGGAUGGGCACAAUCUUUUGGUUGAAUAUGGGAAACAGCACCCAGACUGGUGUGCUGCCCCCAUACCUUCUGCACAGGUGGAGCUGUUAUUUUGAAGUCAUCAGGAAGGCGCUUGUGAAUUUGAAGUUGAUUCACAGAAAUAUGAGUUAGAUUUCAAAGGUCUUUUUCAAGUAGAAGAAAAGAGCUGCAGCCAUUGCAUUGGGGAGAGGAACAGGGAAGAAGAAAUAGAAGAGGCACCAAAGCGUAGGAAAUGGUCCAGAGAAAUCUGAAUACUCAGACUAUGAUAAAAAUCUGCAGGAGUCCAAGUGCUGCAAUGGCUGGCAAUAGCAAAAAGAACAAGAAAAGACAGUCAGAUGCUGUUCACACACAUCAUCUGUUUCCUUCAGACUGGGACCAUUCAGCACUACCUGAAAUAGGAUAUGAGUUAGUAGAAGUCAUCCGCACUGCCAGCAAAUACAGAGAAAUCAAGAACCUAUUUCAGCAGACAAUGAAAGAUUACAGCAUCCGCAGGCUCCGGAGAAUUCAGAACCCAGUGCUUUGGCAGCAUUUCCAGUUGCAGAAGGAGCAGAUGAAAAAGAGAGGUCCAGGGCAAGAGGUAGAUGAGCAGCUCCUGUUCCAUGGCACGAGCCCAUCCCACCUGGCUGCCAUCUGUGAGCAGAAUUUCGACUGGCGGGUCUGCGGGGCUCAUGGGACACUAUAUGGAAAAGGAAGCUACUUUGCCAGAGAUGCCAGUUAUUCUCAUCAAUACUGCCCAUCCAGCACUGGUCACCAGCGCAUGUUUGUAGCUCACGUUCUUGUUGGAGACUUUGUCCAGGGAAACUCGGAAUACCUUCGCCCUCCACCCAGACCUGGGAAUGCAAACAGGCUCUAUGACAGCUGUGUGGAUGAUCCAGAGGAUCCUUCCAUCUUUGUCAUCUUUGAGAAGCAUCAGAUUUACCCUGUCUGUAUUUUCGAGUACACAUGUUCAUCCCAAUGAGGAUGAUAUCAGAGGUAACAAUAUCUUGUCGAAAAUGGCACUUGAACAUUAGAUUUUUUUUUGUUGCAUAUAAGAACCUUGCUUCUGACUUCCACUGUUUUAAUUGCAAGAAUGGAAAUACAAGUAAUGUAAAUUAUGAAAUGUCUGGGUUCUUAUGAGAGUUGUUUUCCUCCUAAAUAGACUGGUGGCAGUUAAAUUGUAGUAAAUAGUGUAACCAUGACAAUGUGAUGAUCAUUUUGAUGCAAGUGUGAUGUGGAUUUAAAUGUGCAUUCUGAUUAAUUUGUAAAACAAAUUGCUUCCAUUUAUAGUGUGGUACAUAACUAGAUGUUUUUUAGGACAUGUUUGGGAGAAUGAAUAUAGAAAAUGAGGAAAAUUGAGUAUAAAAAAGCAUAUUUGAGGGGUGAUUCUUUGGAGCUGUUUUUCCAUGAAGUGAAUCUCAUUAGCAUCUUGUCAGCGUAAGAAAAGUAGACAAUGGACUGUAAGUUGUUUUUGUGCUGUGGUUUGGCUGCUUUGAGUUUUGUGGCAAGAAAAGGCUUUUAGAUCAUAUCCUAAAGGAGCAUUACAUCAUGUUCCCUUAUUGCUCUGCUGGUCUCAUUUGGUUAUCUUGCAGUAAGAGUAAUAAGGACUCCAAUUCAGAAGAAAAAAAUUCCUGGAUAACAGAGAAGUAAGUGAUUCAUUGGUCUUCCUCAGUCUGCCUUGAUCAUUGAUUGUGUGCUAAAGAUGGAGUAGGCAAUGCAGUGCACAGUGAGUAAAGGGACCCUGCUUCACAUGACAUCUCCGAGAGGACUGGUAGAUGCCAGAGGCUAUACUGAUGGCCAGUCAUACCAAUAAUCAAAACAACAGUAAUCUCCUGCUCCUCUAAAAAGAGCUGAAUUGUUACUCUGAGCUGUUGCAUCUUUCCUGACUGCCGGCUAGGCCGGGAUCUUGUUUUAAGGGAAGGAUUUAACUUCCCAAAACUUAAAGGAGAGUUCCAGAUAGUAAAAUGGGUUCACACCAAGUGAAUUCAUUCGUAGUAGUAGUGGAUUCAUAUCGCAUAUUGCUGCAGAAGUAUGUGGCAACCUGAUGUCUGCCUGGCCCCCAGCAUAGGUCGCAGCACCAGCAGAUUCGAAUGUUAAACCCGGAGCCAAGAGGGAGCAGAGCCAUGGUGCUCUUGCAGUGAGCUGUUGCUCAGUUUUUGGUUCUGAUCAGGGAAGAGCAGGCUCUUCUGCCACCUGCAUCAGAGUUGGUCACAUCUGUGGGCCAGCUGGAAGCAGCUCCCCUGAGCUCUUCCCCAGUGCCAGUCCUUCCUCUCAGACAUCCUCUCCGUGAGCAGCCCCAUCUCCUCUGACCCCAGGAGCGCUUCAGCCUCCAGCAGCAGCUCAGGCCUGUAAAGCAGCUGAGAGUGCAGGGCACUGUGGUUGCUCUGAAUGACCUCCCCUCCCUGGGGAUGGUGUCUGCUGCCCUCUGCUCAGAAGCUGAGUUUGGGGUCAUAAUGUUUGAAGUGCCGGCGGGACACCAGGAACCACUGCGAGGAGGAGUUGUGCAGCCCCUGCCAGUGGGAAACCCCUCCCUGUGGGAUGUGGGAAACCGAUGCUGGGAAACAUCCUGGGAGCCCCAUAAUUAACCCUGGAGACGUGGUUUUCUGUAUUUGCUGAUCACAUCGUUGUCAGCACUGCUUAUCCUCUUCUACAUCAAGUCUGCCCAUCCUGCUGGUGACAUCGUACCCAAGUGUCAGUGUCCUCGCCAUGGGGUGACUCCCUGUCCCUCAGCAGAGCUUCCUCAGGUUUAGAUCAAGGAAACUGGGGAUAUUCCAGCUGCUGAAGUUAGACCCUCACAAGGCCAUAUGAUGAACAGGGAGGAAGUCUGCAAUGAACUAAGUAACAACCCACAGUGGGGCUCUGCUUGGACUGCAGAGCCAGCACUUGGACGAGUGACUCAGGAGACAACGUGGCUUUGUGAGGGAUGCUCGGCUACCCCUCUCUUUCUCCUCUACAGACUGAAAUUGUUGGUGGGUUAUUUUAAAUGGCCGUGCAGUCACCUGGCGUUUCUCCAGGUGAUUCAGAAGUGUCUUGGCUGUGUGUGCUCUGACUGGGAUGGACAGGGAGGGCUCCCUAAUUCUGCCAUCCCAGCUUGCAAUUUACAUCUGUAGGAAAUGCUGUAAGUAAAGUAACCCCUGGAAUGAGCUGCUGCAUUUGAUGCUUUUCCACUUUCUAGUCCUUCUGUGGGGAGUUGGAUGAUUUAACCACAAACUCAAGGUUUUUUCAUAAGUGAGUGAGCGAGCUGAUCUGGAGCUUCAUCGACCUACAGGGAGGUAUGUGGAUCUAGUUAGCCAUGGAUAGGCAUCUGGCUUUUGAUGAAACCAGAAUGAGGUAAAGGAUGCAUUAGGAGAGUGUGAUAUUUACUGUACAACAUUUCCAGUUAAUGUAAAGACUUUUUUAAAAAAUCCUCUUCUACAUUAACCAACAUACCAAAACUGAAUCUGUUCUUGCUCCUCUGACCCAUCAAUCCUAGUAAGUAUUGUAUUUGCUGGGAUGUUUGCUGGCUGAAUUAAUUCCACUGAUAUGACUGGGACAUGAAUUCCAUCUUUGCAUAACAAUCCUUGGGCCCCAUUUUACUGGAAUACUAGUUUCCAGUUCAGGGGUGGAAUUGCACAUGUGUAUGUUCAUCCGAGAUGAACUCUUGCCAUCACUGGCUACAAAUAUUUCCUCUACAAUGCAGAGCGCUCCUGAGGGUUUCGACUGAACUACUUCCUGUGACUGACCACGUACAUAUUCAGGAGUCUGCAGCUAUAAUUUUUAUGGAAGCCACAUUUCAGUUUAACAAAAAUACCCUGAGUCAACAGGCUUGUAACAGAGCAAACACUAUUAGUUAAAUCACAGACAGGUAAACAGCUUAUUUCCUUCCUACUCUGUUGUUAAACCUCAUAAAUCACAAUCUAGUCAGCUCAUUUCACAUUUUCUGAAGGCAAGGCAGAAAGGCGAUGACUAUACUUUUAUUUCACAAAUGUAUUGCUCAGAGCAUUUGUAUUUCUGAAUGCUUGCAGACUUCACUUUGCUAACAAGUACUGGUGAGCUGAAUGUAAUGCCUUUUCUCCCUGUUUGCUGUGUAUCUUUCUCAGCUCUCCAGCAGGCUCUCACAUUGUGGGUGCUACAUCAUUAGAACACAUUUCCUGCACAGGUGGACAAAUCCCAAAGGAAAAGCACCCCAGUGCACUUUUGUAAGUUUACCUUUGCAUUUCAAUUCAGUUGUGUGAUAAAGGGAAACAGUGGCCACCCCCUAUCGAGAUACAGGAGGAAGUGAUGGAGAUGUACUUUGACCAGUAGUGGAAUGUACCUACUGGUCACAGAUAGCACAGUUGGCUUCAGUGUGUUUACUGCAAGAGGAUUUGGUAUCUGCCAAGUAGAUAAGGUAAUGUCUAACCAUCUGGAAAGCCCAAUGUAGUUUAAACUGGUUACUGUUUACUCACACACAAAUGCACUCACUGAGUCCAUAUAUAUAAGGAGAUGAGUGUGAUAAAUGUAGCUAUUUUCACUGCAUGGAAUUUCUGACUCUCACGGGAACAGCCUUUGGUUUCUGAUGGUCUAGAUAAAGUUCAUAGGAAAUGCUCCAGUUUAAUAUCGGUGACUGCAGGGUGUUCUGGUGGUAGGCAGAGAUGGGUAAUUGACACUGAAUCAAAACACGCUUGUAGAAGGACUGUUGACAGUCAUGCAGUUCUGUCAUAUAGUCAGUGUCUGCUUUCUCUGCUUGGUCCAAGCCUUCCCAUUUCUUUAUUAAUUCUUGGGUUGAGGAUGUCCCAGAGUAUUUUUUUCCCUUGUGCAAACCUUUGCCCAAUGAGGUUCCUAACAGAAUCACGUAACAAAUAAUAGCUCUAAUAUUUUUCCAUAGAAACCAUCCUAUCACAGUGCAAUAGGAAGAUUUCAUCUGUAAAUGAAUGUGUUUCUGAGGAAAUGCCAUUGAGAGGCAUGUUAAGACCUGGCUACUACAUCAAUAUGGAGGAUAGGGUGACAGCUUUUCUCUGGGAAAGAAUCAGCUCACUGUGGGGGUAACUCACAUCAUGUCAUAUGGAAAGGAGCUUUUAGGGAAGGAGGAAACUGAGAGUUUGGUUUGGUGCUGAGGUAGAAACCAGAGGAGGAACCGAGUUUGAGGGCAAGGCUAGAGCUGCAGCUCCGUUCAUGUACUCAUCUGUGAACCUCAGUAAGGCAGACCAUACCCCCUUAGGGGCACUGAGUGCUCACAGUAGGAAAUUCAGCCAGACUUUUUGCUCGAAUGGGUGGUUCACAGGAUGAACUUCUUGCCUAUGUUUUUGCCCACCAGCCUUACAAGGCUGCGUUACUUCCUGUGGAGCAGUGCAGGUCCCAUGGGUGCGAUGCCAGUCUGCCCGUCUGCAGGCAUUCAAGCACGCACUCAAGAAUAGGGGGUGCUGGCUUGAAAAUGAAGGAAAGACUGCUUCACAGCUGAGUAUCAGGCACUGUUGCUGUUUUUAAAACCGUUCCCGGCAUACUAGAAAGCUUGGUUCUAUUUGCGUCCCUUCAUUCAUUGCUAUUUAUUUCCUGUCUUUGGCCUCAAAAUAGCAGAAGUCAGGGCCUACCUCGAGCUGUGGGCACCCCUCCUGUCUAGCAGGGUCAAACACCCAGCACCUCAAAUUACGCUGGUCUCCUCAAAUACUACUGAUGAUAAUCUAAGCUACAAAAGCUAAUGCUUUCAGCCUACUUCUGACCAUGGGAAGAAUCUUCCUAGGUCCACAGACCCUCACAGGUCUCUAUAAAUCAAAAGAGCUCUCACUUUAGCACUUCACUUGCAAGCUGGUACACAAAAUGUAACUCCUAAUGUAGACAACCACCAGAUUGUUGAGGACCUUCAAAACCAAUUCCCAUUCAAAAUGUCAGAGCUAGAAAAUCUAUUGACAUGAUGUCAGGGAAAGAACUCUGUUAAUAACUAAACAUCAGCUCCCAAGUCUAUUCAGUCCCAUGUACAGAAUGUGGCAUAUUCAAAUACUCAGAUGAGGCAAAUGUGACUCAGGGAACAGGCAGUGAAAAGUAAAGGCUGAGUAUAAACUAUGACCAAAUUCAAAUGAAAGGAAAGCUCCCUUUGGCUGCCGCUGGAACAGGUGGGAACCUGGUUGGGUUCCCAAGCUGUGACCAGAGAAAUAUCAGGCAGUUGAAGAUCCUCGAUCAGAAAGGCAGCAAUGAGUAUCACCAUCCUCCAGCCUGCGAACAGCAGUGAGACCCUGGCCAAUGUGCUAGACAGCAAGAUAGCAGGAGCUGACAGUGACCCACGAAGGAAAGAUACUGCAGCUAAUCCUUCUUCAAUGAUGUUUUUAUGGCCUUAUAACCAUGGUACUGUGUGAGCACAAGGAAGGACCAGAUGAAUGCUCUAUGAGGCACAGGCUUAGUGCAUGCAUAGGGAAAGAAUUUAAAAAUAUUGCUGAUUGUUGUAUCCUGGGAUCCCUCUGAGAAGAGCACUAGCACUUGAAGUUGACUGUAUACUCCUUCCAAUGCUGAGGAGUAACUUAAUAGUAGCUAAAAAGGCAAAUGAAGGCUCAGAUACUGCCAUCAGGAGCAUAAGCUCACAAACUAGCAUGACAAACUUGCUGUAUGUGUGUGGCACCCAGACUGCCAUCUGGGGAGGUAAAGUCCACUGUGCAAUGGAUGGACAACCACAACUGGCUCACAGUCUCACAAAUAAGGGAAGUUUGGGCAUAAAAUCAUAGGUGACUUGAUUUUGAACAUCAAGCAUUUCUUUUACGGAAAUGUGUUCCAUAAAGAAAAGCAGCCUACUUCCAAGAAAGCUAGCAUUUACUGAUCACAGGACAAGAGAUUCCUCAUCUGCUGUCACCCACAGAUCCAGAGCUGGGAUUGUGCCAUGAGGCUCAUACCUUACUAUUGCUUCUCUGGCACCGAGUACAUCUGGGUGUUCAAAAAUUAACUUAAACCAACUAAAAUUCCCUUUGCAACCCUUCUGAAAAGAAUAAAGAUACUUGAGGAACCAGAAAGCAAGGCAGAAAGAGAAAAUCAGUGAUCCUUCCAUGUAUUUCAGAUUUCAUUUUUUCCUCUUCAAUUUGUCUUCAUUCUUUUCUGUAUAACACACCUCAGCCCCAAAGCCAGAGAAUCAACAGUUUCAUAAUUAUCUGCUAUAGCCAUGUGGCAGCCAAUUGCAAGGUAAUGGGAUUAUUUAAUAAUAAUCCUUUCUAUUUUUAUUAGGAUUUAUUAGCAGUUACAGCAUAGCUUUGUACCCAAGACCUAUUAUGAUAUCUUUUCUCAGUGAACACCAUGCAAAGUGGAAAACAGCUUUAACUCAUGACUGGGGCUAGAAUUUCUCACCAGCUACAUCUUUGCUGCAGGUGACAAUAGAAAGGAAGUGCAGGAAUCAUCCAUUUAUGCUAGCUUUCUCCUGCUUUCUAAUAUUUACUUUCAAAAUGCUACAUGGGACUAUUUCGUACCACCUCCCACACCCAGAACAGGAAGGUUUGCACAAGGAAAUACUGGAAAUACAGCUCUUGGGUCUCUUCUACUUGUUUGAUAUGAGUUUGCUUUGCUAUCAAGUGACAGUUCCUGAAGAGAAUGUGUUAUAAUGUGAGGGCAAAACACCACCUAUUUCCCAGGAGGUGCAGGAACUAUAAAAACAAAUGAACAAGACAGGCUAAGGAAAAAAAGUCUGCAUGUCAAUAUUUAGACUCUUGAAAACAGAAACUCCUUCAAAUACACAGGAGUGCGCUAAAUACUCCUUCAAUACAUCAAAUACACAAAAACAUGUAGUUCUUUGAAGCGUACACCUCGAUCUGUACUGCUGCUCAUUGUUCACGGAUCAGUUCAUCGUUCAGAAUCCCUUGAGUAUUUCCUGGAGCAGAGGGUUGGAUUUGGCUGACCAUUACACAGGAGGCAGUGCAGAGUCUAUACAAAUCUCAGAUCCCUUUAAUAGAAGUGAGAUCUAACCGUGCUUAAUUUUCUUCAGUGGAUAAAUUUAAUCUUCUUUCUUCUUCCAUCGGUUCCAAUAAAUCUCUCACUCUUUAGCAUGAAUUUCCUCUGUACCUUGUUUCUGUCUUGCAUGGAAUAAAAAUACCUCUUCUUUACGCAACAUUUACUAUAGCAUCUUUAUGAUCAGAAAGCUGACCCCUUAAAAAUAUUUUUUUUUGUCAAACUGGAAGUAUUGCAAAAACGUUGCAAUUUAUGAAAUUAAUUAUGAACUAAUUCUAAACAAAUCUAAUUUGAAUAAACUCUAAAAUUGCUUUCGCUAUGUAGUAGCAUACAGAGCAUCUGGAUUUCUUGAAAACUAGCCAUUAUUUUAUCUGAAGAAACCAAUAAUUCAAUUUUUUUUCGUUCUCAUAACCAAGCAUUUAACAAUGUGUAGGCCUUAAUAAAUGCCAUAUAAAAACAUCUAUCCUUAAAUAGCAACAAUUCCAUUUGUCAAUAAAAUUGUUUCUAUUCCCCAAAAUUGGGCCUUGACUUCACAAUGCACAGGCUGGACAAGCACAUGACAGCACACAGAAGGGGUCCCCUCUAUUGAAGGUGGGGAUUACUGUCUGGCUUUCUGCUUCUGUUAGAAACUGAGUCCUAAUAAACAGUAGAAGGGUGUGUGCGCUCAAAACACAGAAACAACACAGUGUCCAUUCUCCAACUGAGCUGCUUUUUUCUUUUUUGGAAAGAAGUAUUUUCAAAUAUUCAAUUCCUUCUAGGAGUACCUAUCUUCUUUGCCUUAUUAACUGCUGUUAUUUUUCAAAGUUGAGUGAAAACAAGUCUUAUGGCUUAGGUCAGACUCAGCUGGAUCUUUUUUUACUCAUGUUCCUGGUAAAUAAAUUAGCGAGUGCUUCUGUACUGAAUGAAUUAACAAGGUUUCCCAAUUCACUGUACAUUCACUGGGCUAACGUCUGUGUUUGCUUUGUAUUUCUUAAUUUGGGCAAGGCUCACAAAAGUGAUACCACUGAUCCAAAUUCUUCUGUGUGGUAUUGAAAUAAUGCUCUGGCCACAUCACUUACAGUUUAUUUCGGCUGCUUAGCAACAACAACAAUAGUCCACCAGACAGUUGAUGCCUCCAAAGGGUAUUGAAAACUCGGUAGUUCUAGCUUGAUGGCCAUACCAGACUUGCUUUAGUACUUACUGAUGCUUCUAGCUGUAAUGUGCUUUUUCUUAAAAAAGAAAAGAGAGAGAGAGAGAGAGAGAGAGAGAGAAAGGGAGAGAUGAUCAUCAUGUUUCAGAAGUCCGACCUGUAAUGCACGUAGUGUAUUUUUCAGUGGCAUGUUUAGGGUUUUCACUUUUCUCUUUCCUGAUUGACUAUUAAAAAUAUUAUUUUUUUCUAGAGUGAUUACAAAAUCAUGUAUCCAGUGGUAAGCACGCUUUUUUCUCAACAUCUUUGAGCAAACUUGUUUGUAGUUAUGCACACAUACACUGUGGACAUGAGUACAUAUUAACAAAAACUUUUAUUUUAGCUAAAAGAAGUUUGAGCACCUUUGAUUUGCAGUUUCAAUAGCAGAAAUUCAUUUACUGAUGUAAUGUUAUGAUUUUACAUUUCUAUGUGAAUGAACCUGAGAGAACUUAGAAUAAAUCUUGAGAUAAAGAGGUAAAACACUGAGGGUAAUGAAUUUCCUUUAAACCUUAUAAAGGAGGGACUGGAAAUUACACAGAGUAAGACAGUUGUAUGUAAGGCUCAAACAUCCUUAAUGUCUUAGGUUUCUCCAUUUGCAUAAAUGAGUGUCCUAACAUGAGGAGGGGAACUGUGACAUUUGCUUUCCAGUUGGUGUUGGAAGUUGAGAGUUUCUGUUUACAGCCUUGGACUGUCAGAGGAAUAUUUUCCACUCAAGGUCCUGCCUUGGUCCCUCCAUCUUCCCCAGAGAGUGGUGGGACUCCAAGAAGAAAUUUGGAUUUGUAACUGCCAGGCAGCUCUUACAAGCAGUCAUCUCACUGUAGCUGAUUUUCUUGGUCAGAAGCUGAGCAUGCUACAUUGCGCUCUUUAGCUACAACACGUGCACUCUGUUUGAAGACAUCAUCGUCCAUAGUGUCCUGGUAGGAGCAACAGGUUUGUGAAGUAAACUCAGUGGUGAAACCAAGGCUGCCAGGUUCACACCCACAAGGAUAAGACACUGCAUUGCAGGGCUGAUCUUGCCUCCUGCCAGCUAGGGCGAGCGAAUGCAAUGGCCCCAUACAAGGAAGACUCUUGGGCCAGACUUUAUUCCAGAAAAUAAACAGAAUAACUGAGCCACUCAUCCCAGUUAUCAGACAACCCUCCACCUUCCUCUGGGCUGGGCAAUAACGCCCUUCAAGUAAAUGUAGAAGGAAACUCGCUGGCUGCAAGAUGCAGUUUCACAUUCAGCCCUUACCCAGAUCCCCUUCCCAAGAAACGUGCCCCUUGGGCUUUCUGCUCCCCCUCGGCCAUGGUGCUAGUCACACUGCCUCUGGGGAAAUGAGACCCUGUGCUCACCCUCUGGCUUGUGAGCUAUUUCAUUUUUGAGGAAUGGUUCUUGUAAAGUCUGUACCCUGGCUAUGCAUGCUGACAAAUUGAAAGUGCCCCAUAGUACUUCUUUUUGUGCAAGGCCCUCGGUGUCUCCCCAGCCUUGCAACAGCCAUGGUUUUGCUUUCUGGAAACAGGAGCAAGAGAGACUACCGUGGAGUUGUCCUGCUGCAGGGUGUCUUAUAAAAUAAGGAGAUUAAGACAAACCAGACAAGAAUAAUUGCAAAAUAACCCUGCUCUGAAAUCAGGCAAACUGCCAGACAGCUGUUAUGCAAAAAAAAAAAAAAAAAAAAAAAAAAAAAAAAAAAAGGUUGGAGAAUCAGCUCUCCCACAUAACCAGCUUCCUUUCAAAGUCAGAGUCCAGUACAUGCAGGCACACACACAUACACACGCUGCUCCUCUUUGGCAGGCUUUAGGAAUCAACUGCCUUUGUGUGACACCCCUUCAGUGUCAGCAUCAUUGCUCUCGCCAUCUCGUGACAGCACCACCGCUUGGGGCCUGCCCCAGAUCUGGCACCGUGGGAGAGCUAUUCAGCUUGGUUCAGUAACUGAGGUUCCCAAGCUCUAUCUUCCCAAGCAGGAGGAAAGGAAACGUUAUCAGAAGGUACUUUCUUCUAGAGGACAACGUGCACUCUGGAUAGCAGGACUUUGACUCCACCAAACACCCCCACGCCCUCAGAACAGAAAACUAAAUGUUCUGUAUUCUUAUGGCUUGGGACAAGUACAUAUUUCUGCACAAGCUGUACAUUUCUAAGCUGAUCUGUCUUGCACAACAUCACUAUGCAUUGUGGCAGUUCACUAUAAUUAUCGCUUUAUAGCAUUUUGUGCCUGCUUCUGUUAAGGCAGUAAAGUUGCUGGUAUAUUUUGUUUAUUUAUUUUUUUUUAACGAACUGUUUCAGAGUUUGCCUAUCAACUGCUGUAUUCUUCAUUUUGUGCAUUUUAUACAAAUACAUACAUUUAAACACAA